GAUCGAUUAAGGGUUCAGAUUUAUCCGAAAAUCACGAGGCGAGCUGGAAGAAAUCAUAAGUUUUCAGAUUGGUCAACUGAGAGCAUUGAAUAUUUUCUGAACCUUCUCAAGGUCAUGUGAAGGUUAUUUGGACUGAGGUUUUGAGUCAUCUGCUUUGGUUGUUUUCGAUGACGUUUUUGUGUGUUCCCACGAUAUCCACCUCAGAAGUCGACGUGACUGUACCACUAGAAAAAUUUAUUUCUGCGAAAUUCGGACAAUCUGUUGCAAGAGAGUGUAUCAAUCCUCUAGAAAGACUGAAUGUUUUACGCAGCAAGGCUUGUUUUGUUCUGGACUGCCACUUAACCGAACGGAUUGAGUCCCUUGCAAUGUAUCAUGAUGCUUUGUGGAAUUUUGAAAAGCGGAUCAAUACGUCAGAAGACUUAGGCAUUACAUGGAGCUGGAGCGACAUAUCUCAAAAGAACUAUUCAAAGCAUUAUUCCUUUAGCUUUGAAAGAAUGAAUAUUAUUUUUUGUUAUGCUGCUGUCCAUUCAGCUUUGGCUACGACAUAUAAUUUAAACAUGGAGCACACAUUAAUGAAGGCUAUUUCUAGUUACAAGAUUGCUGCUGAAGCAUUCGAGUAUCUUGCUCUACAUGUGGAACAGUCGAAUAAGAAUAUGACUCAAGAGUUACUAACUGUUUUCAGUGAUGUUAUGAUUGCACAAGCCAAUGAGUGCAAUUUUCUUCGAUUUCGCAAUGAUGAACCUGAAUAUCGACGUAUUGUAAAUCAUAUCAAUAAAUUGUAUAAAAAGUGCCUGGAUUCAUUUUCAGCCAUUUCAAAUUGUUUACAAGAUGAAGACAUAGCAAAAUGUUUACCUGAGGACUGGCAGCGAGUUAUUAAAACGAAACAAAAGUAUUACAGUAUUUUAGCCUCAGCUCAUUUAGUUGAAGACAAACGAAAAUGCAAAAGGGACGCUAAGGAAUCUGCUGGUCUUCUAGUUUCUAGAUUCACGCGUAGUCUGUCAUCUCGUCGUUGGUCAGAAAGUUUUGCACCUGUACAUGAGAUUGAAACCAAUAGUGAAGUACAAGCAACUCCUGUCCUAAGCAAUGAUGUCAUAACAAAGGAGAACUUGCGUAUACCGCUAUUGUUUCCAGAACCAGAAGACAUUUUUGAAGUGUUGGUUCCAUUUCCUGUUCUUGAAGGUUUAGCUAUUGCUAACGACACACGAACAGCAAUUGUUAAUUCGGAAUUUACCAAGUUGAAGAAUGCUGAUAUUACUUUUGAGAGGGAAAUGACUAAACACAAUUUUCCACGUUCAUUAGAACUCAGUGUAUUUCAAUUGAUUUGUGAAACAAUUUUGAAAGAAUCUUCUAAAAUUCGAAAUUCUGGUGGAUUAGAGGCUUUAAGAGAGAAAGUCUAUUCACUGAAACCAAUGGCGGAAGACCGAUUCAAAACACUUGCAGAAAUAGAAGAGAUGUUACGUAAAGAAGAAAACAAUGAUGUUGCUUUUCGAACUGGUUACACUAAUGUUUUGUUUCGUGAACCAUCAGAAAAGUUGAAUGCUAGUUUUCGUGAAAAAAUUGAUAAAAUACGUCUAUCUGUACAACUGGUGUCUGAAAAAGACUUGGAUGUGAUAUCUUUAUUCAAACAACACGAAGCAAGCUUUCAAACAUUGAACAUGCCUGAAAAUGAAAUUCUAGCCUAUAUUCAGUCAAAUUUGGAGGCUGAAGAGAUAGGCAUUAUCGAGGAAAUAGAAAAUAUUCGUAAAGAUUUAAUACGUAUUUGGGAACAACUUGAAGUGAAUAAAUGUCAGCGCAAUGAUGUCAUAAAAAUGUGGGAGUUGGUUUGUUUACCACCGAAUUUUAUUGAAACACUAACCAAAUGGUAUCGUACAGAUGGUGAAAUUAAUCAUAAUGAAGUAACUGCAAGAACAUUUCGUGAUAAAGUUGAUGCAGCACGUAUGUGUGUGAAUGAAAAUUUAGACGAACAGCGAAAUCUAUUAUGUCAACUACGUAUAAAAUAUGAACCGUAUUUUAAUCAUAUUCUUAAAUACCAACAGCACAAAGUGAUAGCAAAUUUACAUGAAAUGUGUAAAAUACUUAAAACAAUACGUAAAGAUGUAGAGAAAAGUUUACAUUGGCAUUCUGAAUUUGAAAGAUUAUGUAGUGAAGAACUACAGUUAGUUGACGACUUCUGUCUUGCUCGAAGUGAUGAAAUAAACCAGAUUAUCGCAGAAAAUGAACAGUGGGUAUCUGUGACCAAUGAUUUAAAAUCAACAGACUCAAGUAUGUAUGAAAUAAAUUAUCCAAUAGUCGUAAAUGCAAAUUGUGUUGGCGUAAUAAAGUAUCUGUAA